AUGCCUCAGUUAACCAAAAUAGCUAUUCUCCUCCUCACCGGCUGGUCCGUUGCUGCGCCCAUCGCCACUGCGGAGGAUACUGUCCACUUGUCUAAGCGUAUUGAUGAAGUGAUGCCCGCUCCUGUCGAAUGGGUCGAUCCUGACGGGACUCCGGUGACGAGGAGAGAUGGUGCUAUACCUUCUGGUCACGUCGUAGAGCAUGAUGGCACUCGCGUCACCAAGAAGGAUGGGAUUUCUGCUGCUCGUGAUGUUGAGCCUGACGGGACUCGGGUUACGAGAAGGGACCCGGAAGAAGGGGUCGACCCUGACGGCACUCGAGUCACGAGACGACGACCGGACGAUGAAAUCGAGCCCAUGGGACAAGGGUUACCAGAUGAGUUCGACGUGCAUGAGGAAAUAUCGAGAGUGAUUUGGCCAGUUACCGUUGCUUCGACACCAUAUGAUUGA